GUCCCUCGGUCGCAUCCGUAUAAAGUUUUCCCGGUUUCUGUAGUGACGUCACGGGUGCACGUUUUUGAAUCGUCCUGUGAAACUCAUGGUGUGAGAAAUUAGAAAUAUUAAUAGCGCAUAUUUCUGCUGUCUCGCGAGUGAUACAAGCCUGAAAACCGCCAUGAACGUUCAACCUUCAAACCCUAACAACCCGAUAGUGUUUUUCGACGUCACCGUUGGAGGACAAGAAGUGGGCAGAAUGAAGAUAGAGCUUUUUGCAGACAUUGUUCCAAAGACUGCGGAAAAUUUCCGGCAGUUCUGUACUGGUGAAUUCAAGAAGGACGGUGUUCCUGUUGGCUAUAAAGGCUGCACAUUUCAUCGGGUGAUAAAGGACUUCAUGAUUCAGGGUGGUGAUUUUGUCAAUGGGGAUGGCACUGGUAUCUGCAGCAUCUACAGGGGGCCGUUUGCAGACGAGAACUUCAGGACGAAACACUCGGGCCCGGGACUCUUAUCAAUGGCAAACAGUGGACCGGGAACAAACGGCUGCCAGUUUUUUAUUACCUGCACAAAGUGCGACUGGUUGGAUGGGAAGCAUGUGGUAUUUGGAAAAGUGGUGGAUGGUUUGCUUGUUAUGAGAAAAAUUGAGAAUGUCCCAACAGGACCCAACAACAAGCCCAAGCUGCCCAUUCUCAUUGCCCAGUGUGGAGAAAUGUGAAGUAUUAGACUUCAGAUCAGCUUUAAAGAAAACAGACAAGCCAUUCUGGAUUUUGGACUAACUAAUCAUCAUUUCCAUUGCAAAAUAUAAUUUUUGUAUAGGUCAUUUUGAGGAAUUGCCUGAUUAUUUGUGCAAACUCUUGGCUGAACAAGUUUGUAGAUUUACACUGUUCAAUGUAAGUUACAUCAAAACUGAAUGUUAUGUCAAGAUUAGCUUGUCUGACUCUUUUAUCAACAUUUGCAUAUAUGACCAAACUUGAAAUUCAAGACUUGAUUCUGAAGGACAAGGCUUUUAUUUGUCCUUAGGAAUGGCUGGUUGAGGGUUUUCUUACACUUAAAUAAAUGUUGACCUAUUUUUUUUUUUUAA